AUGGUGCAAACAGCUGUCUCAGUUUUGAAAGAUAUUUAUCGAACCCAGCAUUUCUCACCAGCCCAUCGAUAUGUUUUUGCAUUUUUUCCUUCACUUCUAUUUAAUAAUCAUUCUUUCUUUUUUUUUUUUCAGGCUAGCUGUCUUCUCUUUUUAAAACUUUUCUUUUCCGGAAUUUCUCUCUUUUUCACUCUUAUUCAUUCACUUUCCGUUUAUCUUUCAAACGUUCGUUUUUUUUUCUUCUCUUUUUCUUUCUUUCUGUCUCUUCCUUUUUUUAAUACUUCCCCUUUUCCUUCCUUGUUGACUAUCUCUCUUUUUUAUUCUUUGAACUUUUCUAUUUUUCAAUCAGAGUAUCUUCUCGCUUUAUUUUUCACUUUUCUUUUUUCAUGCUUUUUUCUGUCUUUUAACGAUCUCUCUUGCUCUCUUCCUUUAUUCUGCUUUACUUUAUUGUAUCUUUAUUUUUUUUCUGUCUUUCUUUCUUUCUUCCUUCUCUUUUCCUACAUUUCUUUCUCACCUUUGCUUUCUCCUUUUUGA